AAAUACAAAGUCAACCUCAAUGGCAGCUUGUCUGUUCCCCUUUUGUGUCAUAUUGACAACCCCUCUCUCUCUCUCUCAGUUUAUAACUCCCUCUCUUACAAGAAACUAUAAAUACAUUUAAUUAUAGCAGGAGUAGCAUUUAUUACCAGAGAAGCUAGGUUAUAGAAGCUAAGUGUUAAAAAGUUUGAAUAUUUCAACAAUGGGCUGGAGUUGCUUUGGAGUAUUGCAAUCAUGCAAAGACAACAGAGAGACUCACGUCCAAGAGAUUACAACCAACGAUGUGAGACUUUUUUCAUAUAACUCGUUGAGAUCAGCAACAGGGCACUUCCAUCCAUCUAAUAAGAUAGGAGGUGGUGGUUUUGGAGUUGUUUACAAGGGAGCUUUGAGAGAUGAAACUCGCAUUGCCAUUAAGUGUCUCUCUGCUGAAUCAAAACAAGGGACCAAGGAAUUCUUGACAGAGAUUAAUAUGAUUUCAAACACCCGACAUCCAAAUCUUGUUCAGUUGAUUGGUUGUUGUGUUGAAAGUGGCAAUAGAAUGUUGAUAUAUGAAUACUUGGAGAAUAACAGCCUUGCCAGUGCUUUACUUGGUUCUAAAAGUAAACGUGUUUCCCUGGAUUGGCCAAAGAGAGUUGCUAUAUGUUUAGGUGUAGCAUCUGGUUUAGCAUUUCUUCAUGAGGAAGCAGCACCACCAAUUGUUCAUCGAGAUAUUAAGGCCAGUAAUAUCCUCCUAGAUGAAAACCUUCAUCCUAAAAUUGGAGAUUUUGGUUUGGCGAAGCUUUUUCCUGAAAAUGUGACUCAUCUUAGUACGCAAGUGGCAGGAACCAUAGGUUAUCUUGCUCCCGAGUAUGCCUUGUUUGGACAACUCACGAAAAAGGCUGAUAUCUACAGUUUUGGGGUUCUUGUACUUGAAAUCAUAAGUGGAAGAAGCAGUAGUAAAGCAGCAUUUGGAGUGGAACUUUUGGUUCUGGUGGAAUGGGUAUGGAAGCUAAGAGAAGAAGGGCGGCUUCUGGAUAUCGUAGAUCCAGAGCUAACAGAGUAUCCAGAAGCUGAAUUACUGCGCUUCAUCAAAGUUGCUCUCUUUUGCACACAAGCAGCACCUACUCAAAGACCUAAGAUGAAACAAGUGAUUGAGAUGUUGUCUAAAGAAGUCAAUCUCAAUGAGAAGUUGUUAACUGAACCAGGAGUCUAUAGACCACAUAGCUCGAAAAGAUCCAGUUAUGGUAGUCUACAGAAAUCAUCUUCUGUGGGGAAGAAAGGGGUGCAACCUGUAAAUCCUUUUGCAACAUCGACAAAGUUUGAUAGUUUUCAGAGUGUCACCCAAAUGCUUCCUAGAUAAUGUUAACUAGUGUUCAUAUUCUUUAUACUUAUAUAUUGUUGGGCUUAUGGCAAGAGUAAUAGAUUGGCUCUCAUUGGACUACCCUUUUUAUAAACCUUCGCAUGUAAUGUAAAGUUAGCAGUCGCUGAUAAGGAAGGAAGGAACAAUCUUCAGUACUUCAAAAGGAGUUAACUACUUGUAUCCUCUUGUAUAGUAGUUUCAAGGUUCCAGAGUUGGAUGCAUUCAAAAGAUUAGGUGAUUAAGAAUACCUUACUUGGAUUUAUGGAAGUUUGACUUUCCUUUUGAUGUUCUUCAUCAACUUCUUUGUUUUCCUUCAUGGAUCGGAUGCCCAGAAUCCACACUAGCCCGAUUAAUCAAGAUUUGCACCGUAGCAGGUCAAUUUAUUAGUAUUUCAGCACAUUUUAACCCCACCCAAAUUCAGUGCAACUUGCACCGCUAGCAGAUAUCCAGUUGACAGGAUCAAGGACAUUCUACCUUGUAAGUAUUGUUCUAGCUACUUGAAAUGUAACAGCCUAUAAGUGAUUCUAAAAUCUUUUUUUUUUUCCUA